AGAGAGAGAGAGAGAGAGAGAGAGAGAGAGAAGCAGACCCUGUAGGACCCUGGGGAGGUCCCAGCUGAACAGAAGUGAGCUAGUAUCAAUUACCUUGGGCUUCAGUGCAACUCAUUUCAAUUGUGAUUUCAUGAAGAAUAACCAAAAUGUACCCACCGAGAAAGGAUUACCAAAACUAUGGUUUUUAUUGGCUAAAUUGGCCUUUAUUAGAGUUCUUCAGAAUUGUUGACUCUUCCUGGGCAGUGGAGCCUUUCAUAUUGUUUAUUCAGCAAGCUCUUCCUUUCUUUUCCAAUACAAAUUGGCAGACCUGCAUUUCUGUCCUGGAGAAAGGCAACCUUGCAUUCCUGCAAAAACCUAAUUUUUUAUCUUGGAAAAUUUAGAAGCAUGAUUCUAUAUUCUUUUAUUCCCCUUUACUAGUUAUAAUUCUUUCUUCAAUAAAUUGACCUGAUCUCACGAUGAUGACUGUGUUUUGAGCAUGCAUCUUUUUAGUGGGUUCAUAUUUUAUCUGUUCAAUUAUGGUUCAGGGUUGAAAAUCUCAAAAACUUAAGAGCGAUGAUGGGGAGUGCCCAACAUUGGUUUGCUCUGAUCUGGCCGCUCGAGGACUGGAUUUGGAUGUGGACCUUGUCAUUAUGUUCGACUUCCCCUCAACUUCGAUCGACUAUCUUUAUCGAACAGGGAGAACUGCUCAUAUGGGAGCAAAAGGGAGAGCCUUGUGGCCAAAAAAGACCAAACUUUUGGCUGACAGGAUUGAAGAAGCCAUUAAGAAGAAUAAGAGCUUGGGGUCUCUUGAGGUUGCCAAGCAAAACCAGAGUGAUUACAAAUCUGUGAGAAAGGUCACAAAUUCUGCAAAAAAUUUGAAACCAAAAGCCAAAAAUAGCACAGCUUCGACAAAGUCAUCACCCAAGGUGUCUCAAUCUUCUGCUCGAAAGAUUGUUUCAGCAAAGGGCAAGAAGAAUCCAAUGAGUUCAAUGGCGGGUAAAAAUAUUGUUUCAACAAAGAGCAAGAAGAAUCAAAUGAGUUCAAUGGCUCCAAAGCCCAAAAUUGUGAAGAGAGUGGAAACCAGGAAACCUCAAAGGGUAAAGACAAGCUCAUCUAAACUUCGGGUAGUUGGGUUUCGGGGAUGGAGUGCAGCUGCUUAGAAGCAGUCCUUGAGAACAUUUAAAGCCGAGUUGAGUCUGAUUCACUUGUGGGGGAGCAAUCUCUCUCUUAGUAAAUUCUCUAGGCAAUGCUGAGAAGCCAUCUUAGAUGCUGGCAUCAGCAAGUUCUGUGAUUUUUUUUAGGUAAUGGGGUAUUUUGUUGAGGAAGCCAAAUUUAUCCACGAGAGAUCUCAUGGAUGUUUUGUUUCGCUUAUUUAAUUGAAGAAAUAUUUUAACAA